CCAUGCUGUUAACAGCUUAGGGGCGCGGGGCGGCGCAGAGCAGCGCUGCUGCCACGGGGAGCGGAGCGGAGCGGUGCCGGGCUCCGCGCACCGCGCACCGCGCUCCCCCAGCCCGCCCCGGCCCCGCUGCCUCGGCCCGGCUAGCCAUGGCGGCGGCCGUGGACGAGAGCACUCUGCCCUCUAUCUCCACUUUCGCCAACUUGAUGCCGCUAGAGGAGCGGCCCGCCGACAUGCUCCACGUAAGCACCUGGCACCGGGGAGAGGGUGGCAAGAGGAUGCUACAACAGGAUGGCCCCGCUGCCGUCAAGCGGGAGGAGGAUGACUUGGGCAAGUUCGUGGACUUGGACUUCAUCCUGGCGCACACCAGCAGUGGCGGGCAGGGGCCGACCGGCCCCAACUACCCCCUGCCCGAGACCCCCGAGAGCUGUGGUACCACGUACGACAGCGACGGCUCGUACUCCACGCCGGGCAAGUUCCCGGCGCCUUACCCCGAGGGCCAGGGCCACAGCUACGUGGCUGAGCUGCUCACCCCGGACCUGCCCGGCCACUACGAUCCGCAGCGGAGGGAGUACACGGAGCUGCGGGUGCCCGGCGGCCCCCACCACCACCCUCACCCCCAUCACCACCCGCCCCUCCACCCGGCCCUAGCCCGCCCACUGCCCCUGGAUCCCGCGCAGUCCUUCGGGCCCCGCAUCAAGAAGGAGCAGCCGGAGGAGCGCGCCUGUAUGCUGGGGAUGUCUGCCGCCGAGUACCUGGGACCGGGCGGCGGCGAGCACAAGCCACGCGUGGCGCCGGGUCCCGGGCCGGGACCGGUGCCGGGGCCGCCGCUGCCCUACCCGGGCUUCCCCCACGGCCGCUUGGGGCCCCCCGAGGAGCCGCUGCCUGGCGCCGAUCCUCACCUCUUGGCCGACCUGCCGCCCCACUACGCCGUGGCCCCGCACCGCUAUGCGCCCCACUUCGCCCCCCAGCCGCCACCGCAGUUUCAUGGACAUUUCAGUGUUUUCAGGGAGCCCCUGAAGGGGCCGGGCCCGGGCCCGGCGGGGCUGCCCGGGCUGCUGGUCACGCCGCCCAACUCCCCGGUGCUGGAGUACUUCCCGGCCGGGGCUCCCCCCGAGGACUGCAAGCCCAAGCGCGGCCGCCGCUCGUGGGCGCGCAAGCGAACGGCCACGCACAACUGUGAAUACCCGGGCUGCGGCAAGACCUACACCAAGAGCUCGCACCUCAAGGCGCACAUGCGGACCCACACGGGCGAGAAGCCCUACCACUGCACCUGGGAAGGAUGUGGCUGGAAAUUCGCCCGCUCCGAUGAGCUGACCCGCCACUACCGCAAGCACACAGGGCACCGGCCGUUCCAGUGCCACCUCUGCGAGCGGGCUUUCUCCCGCUCGGACCACCUCGCUCUCCACAUGAAGCGGCACAUGUGAGCGGUGCCUGCGGCCGGACUCGAUGUCCCCGGAGCCAGCUCACGGUGUAAAUAGUGUCGGGCCAGGGAUGGCAUUGGGGAGCAGCCUGGCCACCCAGCCCCCUCCGCUUGUAGUUGAUAACUAGUUUUCUCCUCCUGCUCCUGUGAGAGCUGGCCCAGCCAAGUGGUGGGGAAGGACUGCUUUGGGGAUGUAUGUGGGGAGCAAAACUGCGAGAAACAUCUGCCCAGUCAUCACCACUCAGCUCCCCAUGCCUGGAGGGUUCCCCCCAGCCAGGUACCCAGUGAGUGGGGGAGCUGGUGCAUAAAGGGGUCUGUCCCCAGAACUCCUGGCUUGUAUUUGGCAUCAGCUUAACCUUCUUCCCCCCAGAUUCUGGCACCCCCCUGGCUCUAGGGGCUGUGGUGGCUGACUCUGGCUGCUUUUUAGCUGGAAAGCCAUGCCAGUUGGGCACAUUGGUUGUGUUGCUGGGAAAUGGGUUGCUGGUUGUCUCGGUUGUGAUCAUCAGAACAAACCUGACCCAAAGCCCAGAGUGGAUGGGGUGAGGGUGGGAUUUGACUGGCUCAUGGCUAUAAAGGUUUGCAGGUGUUGGCAGGACAGUGUCACUUUGCACAGAGGACAGGGAAGCUCCUGUCACCAGCCUGGGACCCCCCUGGCCAUUCCCAGUUUUCCACUCAAGAGCCUAAAAUGUCUCUCCUGGCUCUUGUCUACUUUAUUUUGUCUUGUUCUUCCCCUCAGGAUGACACCAGGUACUGCUGCAGCUGCCUUCCCCAUGCUGCUUUUUAAAAUUUAGUAUGUAAAGGACAGUGAGUCCAGCUAUGAAUGCCCAGGUCUCUGCUAUACUUGAAAUUUUUGUAGGGGGGGGGAUAAAAAAGAAAGCUCAAAAAGAAAGCUCAAAAGAAAAUGAGUCUUUUUAUGUGCAGCUUCUGCAAAGCAAGUUGUAAAUUAAACAAAGCAGUAAUAUAUAAUGUUUCUCUUUUUUUUAAUAUAUUUUUUCCAGCUGGGAACACAGAUGAGUCUCAGCUUUGGGAAGUGCACUGUUCCCGUCUGUGUAUAUUGUUAAUUAACAUUUCUCUGCUUGGGCACGUUAGUUCUCUUGCACUCUGAAAUGUUACUUUUCUUUAUAUGCAAACUGUUGAAAUAUUGUGAUCUGCUGUAUAAUAAAUAAACAAGAUGUAAACAUGAAAGAGCCAG